GGGCAGAGUCUGACUGGCGCCCUGCGACUGGAGGCAUGGCAACUCCCACCGGACAGCAGAUCCACCAGGAAGUGCAAGACUACUAUGGCAAAGAGCUGCAGAAGUCAGAGGACCUCAAAACCAAUGCGUGCAUCACCUCAGCCAGGCCCGUUUCCAAGCUGGUGAGAGAUGCUCUGGAGCGCAUCCAUGAGGAGGUGGUGGCCAGGUACUACGGCUGCGGUCUGGUGAUCCCUGAGUGCCUAACAUCGUGCUGGAUUCUGGACCUGGGCAGCGGCAGCGGCAGGGACUGCUACCUGCUGAGCCAGCUGGUCGGGGAGCAGGGCCACGUCACUGGCAUAGAUAUGACCGAGGGGCAAGUUGAGGUGGCCAAGAAGCACAUUGCCUACCACACAGAUAAGUUUGGCUACCGAAAGCCGAAUGUGGAGUUCUUCCAUGGUUACAUGGAGAAGCUGGGUGAUGCCGGACUGGCUGACGAGAGCUACGAUAUUGUCAUCUCCAACUGUGUGAUCAACCUUGCCCCUGACAAGAGGGCUGUGCUGCAGGAGGCCUUUCGUGUGCUGAAGCCCGGGGGAGAGAUGUACUUCAGUGACGUCUAUGCCAGCCAGCGCCUCAGCGAGACCAUCCGGAAGCACCGGGUGCUGUGGGGAGAAUGCCUGGCAGGAGCCCUGUACUGGAGAGACCUGUACAGCAUUGCUGAGGAGGUGGGGUUCAGCCCCCCGUGCCUGGUCACCGCCAGCCCCAUCACCAUUGGCGACAAGGAGCUGGAGGGCAUUGUCGGCGACUGCCGCUUUGUUUCCGCGACUUACCGCCUGUUCAAGCUGCCGGCUGGCAGCCGGACCGGGCCAGCACAGGUCACCUACAAUGGCGGCAUCGUGGGGCACGAGCGAGAGCUGGUGUUUGAUGCCAACUUCACCUUCAAGGAAGGAGAGGUGGUGAACGUGGAUGCUGAGAUGGCUGCGAUCUUGCGGAGCUCCAGGUUUGCAGAGAAGGUCCUGAUCCGAGCUGGUGGAGCCAACGCUGCAGCACCACAGGGCUGCUGUAGCAAGGGAGUGAAGGAGAAGAUCUGUGAUCCCUUCCAGCUGAUGGAGCGGCUGAGAGCCCCAGGUCCUGCCAGGUGUCCUGGUGGCACCUGUGGUCCCCAGGGUGCUGCUCAGUCUUAAGUGGUGUCCCUACACCCCUGUUGGAAGUCAGUGGAGUGAGAGGCCUUGGCCCCAGUGACGCCUCCCACCAGAGAGCAAAUAAACACAUGUGCUGAGCUCAAA